AGGCCCUUAUUCGUAAGAAUAGCAAGAAAGUCCCCCAUUUUGAUGACCCCACCCUUCGCUUUUUGAUUUUGCUUUUCCGAGAGGGUCACGAGGACCUUUACACUGUUAUUUCUGAGAGCACAUUUAUAUGAAAAUUCUAGAGAUGAAUCAAACUUUCAUGAAAAGGUGUUAUGUGUGGUUUGUAUGUUGAGACUAAACGUAAACCUCUUUUUUGAAAACUACUCUCUGUCCCUGUGUCCCACUAUCUCCCUCUCCUCGUUCGUAGUUGUUUUUGUACAGCUUUGCGUGUUUUUUUGAAAGAAUGAAUGAUUACUUUUUCUUCAUAAUCGAUGGAGUAUGUCUUAACGCGAAAAACAUGGAUCAUGUGCACGACGUCGCAUUCACCUCUGACGCUAGCCCAAACGACUAGCGACAAUGCAAAAGGAGCUUCCACGCACUCGAGAACGGCUUGCUGUGUUGCUGCACCGGUUUAGAUCCGGGGAUGGCGCUGGACCACCAGGAGCCGCAGCUAAAAGUGGUGCAACCUCCACAGGAUCCUCACUAUCAGAGCAACAGAAGCUUUUGCGUCAGGCCUACUUCCGCCUGGCCAAACAAGCACACCCUGAUGCAGCACCACAGCACCUACGAUCGGCCGCAGAGCGGAAUUUCAUAGCCUUAAAGAAGCAAUACGAGGAGGCGAAGAGUUUGCUAGAGGAAUUUGGAGCCGCUGAUGGUCUCACUUCAAGAGAUGGGACCAAUUCAGCAUGGCAGAGAACCGGCUCGAACUCUAGCUAUAGUUCAUCGAGUUCUGCUGGAUGUGAUUCGUCCAGCAGGUCUGGAGCUAAUCCCUAUGCCAAUAUGUGGAGUUCACCGGGUACCGUAGGAGGAAACCAGCCUUUUGAGGAUUUUUGGCGAUAUGAAAGUGCGGAUCUUGGGCGAAACUUUAAGCAGCAUGUUGGAAAUGCGGAUCACUAAGGCUCAUCGUAUUAUGUUGUGUAGGACACUCAACGCCGGCAUUUAUUAGAAACAAUUACUCAAUGUCAAAGAAAGUCCUGAUCUUAUUUCAACAUGAGUGAGAGAUACGUUUUGUCUCUGCACACCUCUAACUCUUUCGCUACCCCACCUACAACCGACGCCACAAACACUGGAGCGACCUCGAUCCUGGGUAUGCGUAUAGUUCCGUCAACUACGAUGAAGCAGCCGCUUCUUCAAACCCAUUUGAGGUUUCCCAGCAUAUCUCCAACGCCGACAAAGGAAAAGCAGCUGCUCUAGUUUUUUCAAUAGGAUUUGGACUGUACGUCGGAUCACGAUAUGUGUCAAACUCGAAUAGUUUUGGUUACCUCUAUGGAGCUCUGGGCUUCGUCACCGCGACUCGUGGGAUAAGCGAGAACAUCCCUGUGAAUUUGAAGAAGGACUCAGUGGGGUACAAGAUCGGGAGUGGAGGGGAUUUAAGGCACCAGAUAGUAACUUACUCUUAGAGAUGAAUGUCAGAUGAGUUUUUGACAUGACAUAAUGUUAAAAAAUGCCUCCUGUACUAGUAGCACAGUGUGCUAGUGCCACGACAGGUACUAGAGUUCAAAGCAAUGUGAUAAGUGUACAGGUCAACGCCUAAACCACUAAACCGACUGCGCAGCUGGCUUAGUGGUUGCCAGUAAGGUCUUCUAAUAACAGCCGUCGACGUCCGAAUGCUACGAAGGGAAAUGCUAGAAACGAGCUGGCUAAGCAGCAUCUACUACAAUGAAGAGACUGGGAGAGGCUUCCCUUCCAAGAACGUGGUUCCAGAAGCACCACCUGAUGUGUUCGCCCUAGAAGAGGCUGCUGUUGGCGUGGAACACGAACCUGCUGUGCAAGACGAAGGUAAAGCGACAGGCGUUCCUGAUAUCAAGCUAUGCGACACUGCAAUCGAACGAACAUACACAUCAACCGUUGACAUCGAGCCUCCUCCGCUGUUGAGCUUGUCGGAGAGUCAUUAUGAUCUUCGCGACAGAAGUAAGCAGAAAAAUGCAUCUUCUAUCCACUGAUGAAUGUUAAUGUUUUCAUUCAUGUAUCCCAUUAUUUGAUCGUCCUUGUGGGUAAAAAGCGUAUUUUCUGGUGGCACUACUGCCUGAAAUCCUCUACCGAUUUCUCUCAGUGUAAGUACUCAAACGAUCAUCCACUCGCACUCUCUAACUCCAAGUGACGAAUCUCGACUUUUCGUGUACCAGGGUCGUUUACGAUCGGCGCGACUACUUCCGAGGAACUCGCAUGUUCCGCAGAACUCGCAGUGAGCCGAUAGUCAUCUUGGAGGAAGAGAAGAUGUUUUUGGACUGUGAUGGGGAGAAUGUGGUCGUGAAGAGAGGCAUACCGCAAAGCGCGGUGAAUGACGUGGAGAAAAAGUCGUUGAUGACGCGUGGCCGCGAUGGAACAAUAAGGAGAAGAGGCACAAUUAUAGGGCCAUUUGAGGACGUUGAAGAUGCGGACGACGAAGAGACCGUAAUGCCGGGGACCAGGAGACGCGGCGUUGGUCCAUUGGAGCUAGGGGAGGAUACGUCUGAUUUCAUGCUCAAGGGUGGGACAAACGAGAACCCUGUUGUGGUUUGGGGCGACACGAUCAUACUGAAACAAAGCAAGCGGGUACCGAUAGAACAGGAUAGACCACAAGUGGAUGGCAUUGAUGGCAUUGCACCUGCUAACGCUGCUCCUCGCCUUCUGACUGGAGACUCCCAAGAGGAGCCUAGAAAUAAAGUCUGGAUUUUCACACCUCCUUGGUAUCGAACUUCAGUUCCGAGUGCGGCGCUAGCUACGAUAGAGGAAGCUAAUGUAGUGCGGAGUUGGAACGCCAAGGAAGAUUCGGAGAGCAGAGCAGCGCCUGGAGGUACAACUCGCUUCUCGAAAACAAAGAGCUUGCCGAGGACAAGGAGUCGGGGAAAAAAUGGAAGUGAACGUAAAAGCAAUGUCACGACAAGACCGGAUGCUGUCGAGAACGAAGAUGCUGGGCUAUCUAACGACGGCGUGCCUACUUGCACUACAACUAAACUGCACGAACAAGCAGACCUCGUUGGGGAAGAUCUCCAAGGUCGUCCAGGCAACCCAGUUCACAGCGACAGCAUUCGAUACGGUGAUGUUUCUGGUCUACACAGGAUAGGAUUCGGUAGUGUUAAAAAGAGCAGUUUCGUUGACGGUGACUUCGUGGGGGAGAUGGAAAUAGAAGUAGUGGUCAAGACUAGUUCUAGAAGUAGUGGUCAAGUUGCUGCGCAAUCGGUUGUAGCUGCUACAGAAGAAGGAGCAAAAAGUGGCAAAGUCGAAGUACGAAAGACAAAGAGCGCAACACCUUCUACAUCUAGUGCUGCCGCGAGUAGUAGCAGUGGUAGCAGUUCUUCAGCGUCCCUGUCUGCCUCUGCCGCUUCAUCCAUUUCCAACAUCGAUGCUCGGAUUGCAGCUGCGCGCGCUGCUGCUUUAGAGAUGAACACGACUGGCACUUCUACAACUAGUGGAAGCACGAGUUCUGAAGUUGUCUCCUCGAAGACCUUCCGGGGUGCACGCAAUUCGCCUUUCUAUGUACCGCGACAUGAGCGCGAGGACUAUCUAAAUGCCAAUGACUGCUCUUCUCUAGACCCUAGGACUGUAAAACGAAGAUCACGGUCUGAGCAGAGACAGUCUUAUUGGCAGAGUAUGCGAGAAAAGAGAUCAGCGCCGACCUCGAACACCACAACUACUGCUUUAUCUUCUGUAGUGGAGGAAUAGCAUGGCGCCGUACUAUGUUGCAUGAAACAAAGAAACUCAUACCUACUACAUGUCCCCAUGAUCUUGUAUUGUCAAAUUGUGGGGGGCUGCUCCCUCAAACGACUCCGACUCUCGUCAAAGAUCACAGCCAUUCUUCAU